UUCGUUUUAACGGUCAUUACAUUAUAUGUUUUUGAUUAAUGAAGGGGAUAACUAUUUCAUGCGUGCGAAUGCGGAUACACCUUGUUACACUUUAGAAGCAGCGAGUUAGCUCACGGUAAAAGGCAAAUCACCGCAAAGGCUAAUGCUAGCUAGCUACUGGCUUCUGCCACAUCGCCAGAAAAUUGCCAACAAGACCGCAGACACUAGUUGUUUGAAUGUGGCCAAAGGUGAAUGUGUUACCUAAUUAUUGUGUUUUCAGGGAGAUGUUGUCGGUGAUUGUUUGUUUUAGCUCACGUAGCAAAUCAUGUCGUAGCCCGUUUUAUCAAUAGGAUAUGGGUGUUUAUUUUGACAAUAAAGUUGUGAUUACAGAGCAGGACCGAUACAACCACUUCUGUGUGUUAACAUGGCUUAUUUUACUGUGGGGAAAAAAAGUUAACUUUUCUUUUUAAUGUGUUACCAGGGGAUGAUUUAUUAUCUGCUAGUUGAUCGAAGUCAUUAGCAAUAUUUUACUGUCAGCCAUGGCACACGACGAAGAGGAAGAGGAGCUGACCGCUGAAGCCUCCAAGGAAGUCGACAUGAUUACAUCAAUCCGUUGCCUAGGUUACCUGUCAAGCCUUAACCUCCUAGUGGCUGUAUGCGUUGGCAUGUACGUCCGCUGGGAGGUGACGAGCGAGCCCAUGAUCCUCGUCAUCUUCAUCUUGGGUCUCUUCGUCCUCGGGAUCGCCAGCAUCCUCCAUUACUACUUCGCCAUGGAGCAAGCCAGCCUGAGUUUGUUCCAUCUGUGGUUUGGCUUCCUGCUCGGUCUCCUGUGCUUCCUCGACAGUCCCGCAUUGGAUUCCAAAAUCAAGGAAGUGGUUGCCCACUAUCUCCUCCUAGCCAGCGUGGUCAUGAAAACAGUAUGGGCUUUUACAGAGAGAAUAUGCCGCUCCAUCCGCUACAAAGCCGUCCUGCUGAAGCCGACGGAGUUCCUGGAGCUGCUCGGAUUCGCCAUUGCCAGCACCACCAUGCUUCUCCACAAGUCGGUCGCCAUUGUAGGCCUUGUGGUAGCGCUGGGGGCUCUCAUCGUGGACUUGAGGAUGAAGUCCCUCCUGGCUUUGCCCAACUUGGUCAGCUUCGCCCUGGUGACAUCACUGGUGUUUUUCCAAGCAUUGGGAAUCACAGCGAACCCUUACGCUUUAGGGUGCUACCUGGGCAGGCUGCUGUGUGAGCCUGUGCUGGAUGUGUACUUCAGCGGGCUGGGGCCUACCGAGCGCUGGAUGCCGGUGCUCACCUUGAGAAACAUGUGGAGGCGACUGUCGCUGCUGCCUUUGAGUCUGCUUGAGCUGACCUUCAUCGUCUUUGCUGCCUUUAAGCUUGGCCACUUGGAGCUGUGGUACCUGGUGAUCCCGGGCUUCUGCCUCUUCGGCAUCUUCUGGACCAUCUGCCACGUCAUUCUUCUCAUCACAAUCUGGGGCUUCCACACCAAGCUGAGCGAGUGUCAGAUAGCCUGGCGGGCCCAGCGCUCCGGGAGUCGAAGCCUGGACCAGGUCAUGGCCUCCAGGGGGAUUCGGCACUUUUGCCUCAUUUCGGAGCGGCUGGUGUUCUUCAGUCUGCUCUCCACUGUCAUUCUGGGUGCUGUGUCCUGGCAGCAGUCCAAUGGUCUCUUCCUCAGCGCUCUGCUGGUGGUGCUGCCUUUGGAGUCGUUAGCCCACGGAUUGUUCCACGAGCUGGGCAGCUGCCUGGGGGGCACGUGCGUUGGCUACGCGUUAGUCAUCCCUACAACAUACUGCAGCGCUGACGGGCAGCCCACUCUGCUGCCCCCGGAGCAGGCCCAACAGCUUAACCUGCGUUCCACGGCGAUGCUGAACAAUGUGCAGCGUCUCUUCUCCCACCACAUGAUCCAGACCUUCGGCUGCGACUACUCAGCCAGUGGGGUCACCCUGGAGGCGCUGCACGGCAAGCUGCGCAACUUCCUGGAGCUGCCGACGGCGGACGGGCCUCGCCAUGACACCUAUCUGGUCUUCUACAGCGGGCACACGCACAAGGGAAGUGGAUCCUGGGCACUAGCUGGUGGGGAGAGUCUUCAUCUGGCCCAGCUGCUGGACUUGUGGAAGGAGAAGAACGCGGGACACUGCUCUCGUCUCAUCCUCGUGCUAGACACAGAAAACUCCCUCAGCUGGGUUAAAGAGGUGCGUAAGGUCGACGGGGUUUACGUGGCCGUGCAAACAGCCGAACUGUCCGGCGACGGGCCCGACCCAGAAGCAGGCGAGGCCCCGUUACUCGGGGACUUCACCUCUGAGUGGGUGGAGUUCAACUGCAAUCCGGACAGUGACACCCAGUGGUCAGAGAAGGGACGGGACAUAGCGGCGGCGUACGGCGUGUCCAAACGCUGGAGCGACUACACGCUGCAUUUGCCUACAGGCAGCGACGUGGCCAAGCACUGGAAGACCCACUUUCCCAAGGCGACGUAUCCCAUGGUGCACCUCUCCAAUUGGUGCUGCGGCCUUAACUUGUUCUGGACGUGUGGCGUGUGUCUGCGCUGCUUCCGCAGGUGCAAACUAUCUUGGUUCCCACCGGCGGUGUUAGACACCGGGCAGGGAAUUAAACUGGUGCACUCGUAAGCGUGCUUCGUGAACAUUUGGACAGCAAUUCAAGCACACAGUUUAUUUACAGUACACAUUUGGUUUCUUUAUGUUAUGCGGCCUGAUGAGGAUUUCAGGAGGAAACGGAACAAAUCUAUGGCAAACCUGAUAAAAGAAGAAGGAAUACACCUUGCUGUAUGUUAAAUCAUACUACUAAUCAUUUUCUUCAAAAUCUUUUUUGCUUAUUGUGCCUUAAAUGACCAUAAUAAAGUUAUAUCCUCUUUUAGGCAUUUUCCAUUUUGUUUGUGCAUAUAUACAACACUAUAUAUUUUUGUGUAUAUAAACACAGCCAGACUACAUAUUGGAGAAACUGGUACAGAAUUAUAGAAUUUAUUUCAUAUAUCGGGGGGGUGCAAUGCAUUAUUUUUAUUUUUAUUAGUAGCAGUAGUAAUAGUACUAUCGUCUUAUUUUUUGAAUGAGAUAAUAAUCAAAAUUACUAUUAUUAUUAUAAAUGGAUGCAAUACAUUGAUUAUAAAAUUAC